AUGGAUCCUGAUAUAGAAAAUGCUGAACACAAUGAAAUAAACAAUGCCUCUAUUCAAUGUUUUAUUUUGAAUAUAACCAAACACAAUGGAAUUUGGCAAGGUGAUAACCCCUUUACCGAGUCUCUCCCUCUCUUGGUCACCCAACUCGCCGCCAUCCUAAUCCUCACUCGCUCUCUUUACCACCUUCUCAAACCCCUCCGUCAACCCCGCAUCAUAUCGGAUAUUCUUGGUGGCAUCUUGUUAGGUCCAUCUGCAUUGGGGACGACAAUUUACUUUGCAGAUUUGUUUCCCACAAUAAAUGUUAUUACAGUAGAAACGUUGGCGUACAUGGCCCUUGUUUUUCACAUGUUCUUAGUUGGCUUAGAGAUUGACCUAAAUGUCAUCGGGCGCAUAAGCAAAAAGGCAAUAAGUUUCACUGUGACUGGACUUCUUUUCCCCUUCACCGUAGGGAUUGGCUUCUUUUAUCUAUUGCAUGCUUAUUGGGAACAUGAUCAGUCUCAAGGUUAUGAAGUUAAUGUACAAGGUAGUUUUCUAUGGGCUGCUGCACUAGCAGUCACGAGCUUCCCUGUUGUUAGCGGAAUUUUAUCGGAUCUCAAGGUACUGAACUCAGACAUUGGACGACUGGCAAUGCCCAUUGCCCUUGUCAGCGAUAUGGGCUCUUGGGUUCUUAUAGUCAUUGUCAUCCCAUUCUGUGCUAAUCCCACAAAUGCACCAUACAUCAUCACUACAACAAUAGCCUACGUAUUAGCCUGCGUUUACACAUUUCGUCCAUUCCUUGCAUGGAUCAUUCGCCGCACUUCUAAAGGGAAGGACCAAAACUACAGUAAAUUUUACUUGUGUUUUGUUCUUGUUGGGGUUGUACUGAGUGCAUUUGUGACGGAUGUGACUGGAACUCAUUCCAUUGUUGGGGCUUUCGUAUUUGGGCUUAUUCUGCCUACUGAGCUGGCGCUUGUGUUGAUCGAGAGGUUCGAGUACUUUGUUUCAGGGCUUCUGAUGCCGGUAUUCUUUGCAGUUUCUGGGGUUAGAGUCGACAUCUUCAAAAUAUCAGAGUGGAGGCUUGUAUUGCUUAUCGUAGUUUGGCUUUGCGCUGUUAAGAUUAUUAGUUUCCUACCAAUUUCUUUAGUCUCUGACAUUAAGCCUAAAGAUAGUUUUGCUCUCGGAUUACUCAUGAACACAAAAGGGGUAUGGGCGAUUCUUAUCAUUCACACUGGCUUGGAUAGAGGGGUUUUGCAAGACGAUGACUAUGCGGUAAUGAUGAUUACAAUUCUAUUAAUGACCAGCAUAGUUGCUCCUAUCAUUGCUGCCAUUUACAAGCGGACCAAUCUUUCUACAAGAUACGAGCGUAGAACUAUACAACAUGCUAAUACAGAAGCAGAGCUGCGAAUCCUCGCGUGCAUCCAUUCGUUUUGCAGUGUACCUGGAAUAUUAAAGCUCCUUGAUGUAUCUCAAACUACCCAAAAUGGUCAUAUCACAGUUUUCACUCUUCACCUUGUUGAGCUCAGUGGCUGUGCAUCAGCUAUGCUUAUAGUGCAUGACUCACAGAACCGCAGGUUUGAGGAUCCUGUCUUCGACCCUGACUAUGGUGAUAGCUCUGAAACGGAAAAAAUCGUCAACGCCUUUAGAGAAUAUGACAACAAGAACCGCAAUAUCAGCAUCCAAUCCCUUACUGCAGUUUCUCCUUUUGUGGCUAUGCAUGGGGAUAUUUGUAGUCUAGCUGAAGACAAGCAUGCGACAUUCUUGAUCUUACCAUUCCACAAGCGAGCCACAAAAGAGGGGAAUCUCCCGGAGAUAAAUGCUGCUUUUCGCGACAUAAACAAAAACGUGCUUCUCAAUGCUCCUUGUUCUGUAGGAAUCUACAUAGACCGUGGCCUUCAAGAGACCGCAGGUGCCAAAUCCAACAAUAAAAUCCAUCAAAUAGCCAUGGUAUUCCUUGGUGGACCUGAUGACUGUGAAGCAUUAGCUUAUGCAUGGAGGAUGGCAAAGAAUCCAGGAGUUCGCCUAACGGUGAUAAGAUUAUUAGAAAUGGAUACUAUGGAUUUCCCAAACGGCAAGGCCUCAAUGCUAUCCUCAAGAUCAUACCUUGACAGGCAAAGGGAGAUUGCUGAUGAGUACAUAAAUGAGUUCAGGCUACGAACUGUUGGGGAGGAACUUAUUCACUACGAAGAGAAGAUUUUACUUAACGGAGAAGAGCUGGCUGUGACAUUGAAAGAAAUAGAAAAUAAAUUUGAGCUAUUCAUUGUAGGGAGAAGGGAAGGGUUAGAGUCACCCUUGACAACACUGUUAGUUACCAGGGUCGAUUGUCCAGAACUAGGGGUCAUUGGUGACUUGUUGGCUAAUUCCAAUUCUGCUACGGGUUCAGUCCUGGUGGUGCAACGGUUCAUUGAUUCUAGCCAAGGCAUUGAAGAUUUGGUUGCGACACCAAGGUCGUCAAUGCACGGAACAGUACGGGAAGUCGGAAGUGGGCGGCUAUCGACUGUGAGUGGUAUUGGGUUAGGGAUGUACACGAGGCAGAAAUGAAGGAUCGAUGAUAAGAUUAAAAGAAAACUGUUUUGAGUUACGAAAAGACUUAUGGUAGAAUGCUAGAUUCAUAGGACACUAGAAAAAUUAGGAAGAUUUUUGAUAGCAGAAUCCUCCUUGUACCGUGGGAUCACGUCUUUCCCUUUGCUCCCACUAUUAUUUGGAAUUUUUAAUUGAAAAUCUUUUGUCAUCUUUGUGGAUGGUUCAAACCAUUGUAAUAUUAUUGUACAUUGAA